AUGGACUUCCGUCUGGUGCCCAGGGGCACAGACACGAAUUAUACGGGCUUUUUGACGAAAACGAUCGUCUACUCAGGAACUCUAGUGCUUCUUGCAAGAAUCGAAGUGCUCAGACUGAUCAAUCGACGUAAUACAGCUUUUGCUUUGACUAUUGCAUCCAUUGUUAUUCCUCGAUGGGUUAGCUACCACAGCGAAAAGCCUAGUUAUCAUUUCUCUUACGGUCUUCAUCGGCGAUGUUCCUCACUCACGAAUACCUGUGAGCCCUUCCCGGUGAGCCAAGACUGCCAUGGCGAAGACCGGUACUUUUGCUCCAUGUGGCGCUCAGUCGGGUUUUUGAUCUCCUUCGCGGUGGUACUCGAAGGCAUGAGCAUUGUCGCAUAUAUCAUUGUCCUCGGCGGUGGCAAGCGUUUGCGCGAAAACGGAUGGCGGGUACUCAGCCUGUUGAUCAUUCUGUCGGCGGUCGUUCAAGCCGCAGGCAUGUCUCUUGUGGCAUAUCUUUACGACAACGAGGACCGCUUCUUCGUAGGCUGGCGUUUGGAUCAGUCUUGGGUCUUCUGCACUAUCAGUUGGUGCUUCAGCCUAGUAUGCGCCGGCGCGAUCGUGAUUGCGGCUCGAGUGCUACCGUCAGAAGGUGGAUACGAGCUCAUCCCGGAUCAUGAUGCACUGAGGGCGACAUCUUGA